CAGCUCACACCGGUCAUCACUCAUUCGUUGUUCGUGGGCUACAGGAAUUCCCCUCGUAAAGACAAUAUUUUUCUUCCGGAUAUAAAUAUAUAAAAUAAUAAAUCAGACUUUCAUAAUUGACUAUAAUUAUAUGAAAAUUUUAUUGGCGGUUUUCGUUUUAUUUUCGAGAAAAGUUAUUUGUAAAUACGUGUGUUGACGUUAUAUGUGUUUUGAGGCAACCAUGAACCUGUAUAUUGAAUUUAAAUGUUUUGUUUGCGUGUUGUUAACUUCGAUUUUCUUGUUAAUUGUUUCUGAUGAAGGACAAACGUCUUCCCCCAAGACGUUCUACACUUUAGCCCCUAUGAAAGCAGAGACUUGGUGGAAGAUAUAUGUUAAUAAGUCUGCAGAUUAUACAGACACCAAGAAGACUCGGGAAACCGGUGCUGUGACAUUAAACAUUGAGAAAACCUUGAAUGAAUCUGUUAUCAAUUUGGGAGCCGAAACGGUUGGAUGUGAAAGUGAUCUUAAUUGGCAGAUUGUUACAAAAAUGUCUGAUGAAGUCGUAAACGGAAGAAUUCCGCCUGAUAAACGAAGCGAUGAGAAUGACAGGGAAGAAGAAACUCAGGUCGAAAAGAGAAGAGAUAAACUCAAGCUAGCAGGUGUCACUGUGACCGACAGCCCGGAGUUGAAUCUGGCCCGUCGGAUAGUGUCCAUCCUACCCCCGUUCACGCCUUCCUCUUCGAGGCGCGUGACAAACGAGCAGUGCCUCAGGGAGAGUCAGUACUACCUCCAGGAACUCGACAACUUCGCGCUUUGGGCACUCAAGAUGCAUGAUUCGUCGGCGAAGUUACCCUCGGGAGUGCUGAAUGGUAACGUUAACCAGUACGGGGAUAUUGACCAGUGUCUGAGUGUGAGGGCGCCCUGGCUGGGUGGCGUCAUCAAGGGCCGCUACUGUCUCACAACGUCAGUCCUUAGUCUGUCGGAUCCUGACCAUCCUGUACUGCGGCAGGUUCAACAGCUGCUGCAGUCACACUCGAUGCUUCGCAGUGAACUUGAUGACCCAGGACACCGUGUUCCUCGUUUCUCAGCUAUCCACUGGGCUUUGUGUGUUCCUGCAUCUUGCAAUGCUUCGGAUGUCCAGCUAGCUCUUGCAGACAUAUUGCAGAGACACACUGAGGGCACUGGAAUUACUUUCAGAGUCAGGGUCACUGCUGAGAUGUGUCAGACAAAGGAUGACAGACUCCAUCUGCCCACAUCCACACUAGUUGUUGGUGCAGUAUUUUUCAUGAUAGCAGCUCUUGCAGUAGUUGCAACAGCAUGUGAUCCAAAUUGGAGGUCUCUCGAACAAACAUUAAGCACUGGGAGGAAGCUGAUGCAGGCAUUCUCUCUGCGCAAGAAUGUGCUGACACUGUUCAGCCUCUCAAGAUCACCAGACGACAUCGAAAGUGUUCAUGGAGUUAGAGCAGUCAGCGCUCUCUUGCUGCUGCUGGCCCACAAAUCAAUGGCUCUUUUCUUCAAUCCUUACAUGAACAGGACUGUUAUGGCAGAGGAUCUGGGACGUUCAUGGACUUCCUUUGCAAGAGGUGCAUGCAUACACACAGAUCCAUUCAUCAUGAUCAGUGGCCUUCUGACAUCCUACUCAUUUUAUAAAGAACUGGAACAUAAGAAGAGGCUUGCUGUUCCUCGGGAAUAUUUAUCCAGACUUAUGAGAUUGGUUCCGAAUCUUGUGGCCCUAAUUCUGUUCUGUACCUUCAUAUUGCCAUGGAUUGGCACUGGUCCUCUGUGGAACCAAGUUGUACGACAUCAUUCUGAUAUCUGCAAGACCACCUGGUGGAGGAACUUACUUUUUAUUCAUAACUAUUUUGGGUUUGAAACUAUGUGUUUAACACAUACCCAUCACUUGGGAAUAGACACACAGCUGUUUGCACUGUCUCCAUUCUUCGUGUACAUUGUGUGGAGGUGGCCGCAGAUUGGUCUGAGUGUUCUGACAGGUGUUGCAGCCAUCUCUACAGCUCUACGCUACAGUGUGACAUACUCCAAACAUCUGUCUCACUAUGUUGUUUUCGGAAGCUCGAUUAGACAGCUGUUUCAAACAGCUGACUUCUCAUAUACCUUACCAGCACAUAGGGCAACAGUUUAUGUUAUGGGGAUUGCCCUGGGCGUUGGUCUCCGUUACUGUGGCAGAGACUUCAGACUUAAGAAGAUGCAUCUCACACUGGGCUGGACCGCUGCUAUGGUUUGCUUCUAUAUGUCAAUAAUCAGCCCGGCACACAUGGCAAGCCGACACUACAUCUAUAACACAACAGAAGCUGCCAACUUUGCAGCAUUUGUACCUAUUACCUGGUGUCUGUUCACGGCCUGGAUUAUAUUUGUGUCUUAUAUUGGUCAUGGAGGUUUGCUGGGCCGUAUUUUAUCAUGGCAUGGAUUCCUGGUGACCACAAGACUUUCUUAUGCGCUAUAUCUCAUUCAGUUCCCAAUACUUUUCUACAUGGUUGGCAAGAAUCGCGCUACUUACACGUAUAAUGUGCUUCUUUUGGUUGAUGUACCAGAGAUGGUGAUAAUUACUGUGGGCUCUAUACUCCUAACACUGCUGUUUGAUCUACCAUUUCAAAAUAUCAGAAAUAUUUUGCUCAAGAAACCAAACUAGUUGUACAAGUACACAUUUUUGUGGUUAUAUCUGUUUUGACUUCCAAAUUCCAGUGGAUAUUUGGGAGUAUUCACAGUAUGUGUAAUAAAUGUGGCAGCCCACAGCAGUAGUAUUUUGAGAGAGGAAAUUUAUUUUCUUCAGUAGGAACACAGAUAAUCAUUCCAUUCCAAUAUUCUCAGUAUGAGAGUAAGAAAGCUAAUCUCAGAAGUGUUUCACUGAACACCAACAGAUGUUCCCAUUCCAGAACUGGAUGAAUAAAAGUAAAAAUAUAUGAAAGGAAGACCAGCCCUUUUCAUGGACACACAGGAAUGCAGUUUAUGUGUACCAGCAAACUUGUCAAGUCAGAAGCCACAUAUCUGUAUGACAGUACUUUAAAAACUUUUUUUUAAGGAAAUGCUGAAGGAAACCGUCCAUUUACUGUUUCUUUGAGAUGAUUUGCAGUGUAUUCUAGACCAUAUCUUUUUGACUUCACAUAUUCACAUUUUUGAACCAAAAUGUGCAUGUUAAAACUUUUGUAAUCUGAACAUUUUGGAUGACUUGUAACAGUAAUGGAACGUUGUUUCCACAAAUAAUAAAAGUAUUUUAUCACACUA